AUGACGAAUCCAAACAAGGACCCCUAUGUUUCUAAGGCAACAAAGAAAGCACUCAUGAUAAAAAUCUUUAGUUCAACACCAAAUGCUUGGUUUAUGGAUAUCUUGGAAAACAUUCCGAGGUAUAGAGAAGAUGGACCACCAUACUGGUUAAUAUUUGUUGGUCAAAACACAAGAUACUGUGAAGCCAUACCAUUAUGGUCCAAAAAUAUUUUAGAUGUGAAAACUGCUUUGACAAUAUUCGUUGACAAAUACCAUCCAACAAAACUGACAUCUGACUGUGAAAGUUCUUUCAAAUCAGAUGAUGUAAAAAACUAUCUGCGUUCAAAAAAUGUAAACCAAUAUUUCAUUGUCGACCAAAACCAUUCUGCUCUUGGUGUCAUUGACGGAUGUAUAAAAAUGUUAAGAGACUUAAA